UAAUAAACCAAUACCCUAGAUUUCCAAUGAAGGGGGCAAAGUCUGUCUGCCCCUUUCAAAGAUGGCGCCUCUUCCGGGAACACAAAGUCACGUGGCGCAGAUCCUCCAGACGGCGCAUGCGCCGCAGAAGUGCAAGUCAUGGUGGCGGCGGCGGCGUCGGCGGCUGGGGGGAGGGGGCGGCGGACGGGACGUCGGCGCCGACCUGUUGUGCACCGGGGCAGGCUCACAGAACAUCCACGGAGUCCACGCACUGGCCGUGGGGAACCUUCACAUGCCCCCUCCCGAAAUAUAUAAAUAACAAGCACGCUGGAGAAAAGCCGCCCGGUUACUACCAGUCAACGCCUGGGCCUAGGCCGGCUUGCCGCAUAGCAACAGGCCCCGCCUUUUUUUUUCUGCCGGCGGCGGAUUGGUGGGUCGGAGUGGGGCGGCGCCGACUGAUUUGACGUGGCUGGUGGUCAUUGGUCGGGCGAUGCGUCAGUCAGGCGGUCCGGCGGCGGAGGGCAGGAUGAGGAAGUGGCGGCGGCUCUGGUGAGGAGGAGCCGCUUCCUGGUUCUUUAUUUAGUCGCAGGGCCGAACACGUUGGUGUUUGCGGGGAGCGGGCGGCCCGGCUCACAGCAACCGCGGGGGGGGGGGAGACGGCGGCGUCCGCACAGGUCCGGCGGAGUCAUAAACCAGGCUCCCUCCUGCCUCGGGCCUAGCGACAGGCCGAGCCUGGGGGUCCCAGUGACGGCCGCCCGGGAUAGACGUGUCCGGGCUCGGCUUCCAGCAGCAGCGAGGAGCGGGCUGAGAGAGAGAAGGAAACAGACAGGGAGCGGCUGCCUGACUCCAGUUCCUUUGUGCCUUUGAGGAGGGAGCGGCGCCUCUGGGCGACUGGAGCCCGCCCUCCGCUUUAAGCCGCGGCAAUCCGACUGGUUUCGGGUGGGAAGAUGCUCCCCCUGAAGAAGUAUUUCACCGAGGGGCUCAUCCAGUUCACCAUCCUGCUGAGCCUGAUGGGGGUCCGGGUGGACGUCGACUCCUACCUGAACGCUCAGCUGCCUCCGCUGCGGGAGAUCAUCCUGGGCCAGAGCUCGGCUUACACCCAGACCCAGUUCCACAACUGGAGGAACACGCUGGGCGGCUACGACCUUCACCCCAAGAGCGUGGACCUGGACUACUACUUCACGGCGCGGAGGCUGCUCAACGACGUGAGGGGACUGGACCGCCUGUUGGUUCCCAGCACCGAGCUCAAUGCCUGGCUGGUGCACAGUGGCGGCGGCCGGGAGACCGACAGCUCGGUUGCCGCCUCGCAGCCUAGUUUGCCCUUGGACAAUCCGAGCGGAGUGAACGAGGCGGCGGUGGCGGAGAACAGCGGCAGGGGCAAUGGCUCAUCCGAGCAGGUGGAGGAGACCUUGGGGGCUGUCGGAUUGCCAAUGAGCAGCGACUUAACCAAGGAGGACAUUGAUCUGAUUGAUAUCCUGUGGAGACAGGACAUAGAUCUGGGCGCUGGGAGAGAGGUGUUCGACUACAAUUACAGGCAGAAGGAGAACGAGCAAGGGGAGGAAGAUCAGAGAAAGAAGAAUGAAGAGAGCAGCGGAAGCGGGAGGAGUGGUUUGCUGCAGGGCACUGCUCAAGUGGAUGGGGAGACUGGGGAAAGAGUUCCCCUUCAGGUGCCAGAGCUGGUGGACCAGACACCUUCCUUUGAGGAAUGCCUGAGACUCCUAGAGGAAACAUUCCCUUUUGCCGAAGAUUCUGAGUUUCCAGCAGCUGUGUCUUCAGAGCUGAAUGAGGCUUUAGACAGUGCUCUGCCCAGUACCAGUGACAGCCUGACUGCAUCCUCACAGACCACCCUCCUUUCACCUCUCCUAAGGCCAGAGACUCCUUUAGACCUGGAACAGCAGUGGCAGGACCUUCUGUCCCUCAUGGAGCUCCAGGAUAUGGAAGUGACCAACAGUGCAGCCUCAUUCAGUGAUGAUACUGGCAACGGGAAUGCUGACUUGCCCAUUAAUUACAACCAACCCCCUGCCACGGCCAUCAAUCAAGAUGUCAGCCUUCAUGAUGCAACCUUGCCUCCAUGUGGCCAGGACUUCCCAUCCUUCUUCAAUCCAAACCUGGAGAAUCCUUCUGUGGACAGCAACCCUGGCCUCCAGCGACUGGCAUCCACCAAUUCCACCAACUUUGAUGCCACCUUCGGUUCCACUAACUUCACAGGACUUCUCUUUCCUCAUCGUAUCAACGGAACCAGCAAUGAGACGUGCAGCUCCGGGAUGCCCGACCCCCUGUCUAGCCUGCUGGACGAGGCGAUGCUGGAUGAGAUCAGCUUGAUGGACCUGGCCAUGGAAGAAGGUUUUGGUCCAAUGGAGGCCUCUCAGAUCGAAGAGGAGCUCGACUCUGACUCUGGACUCUCCCUGGAUUCGAGCCAGAGCCCAGUUUCUCCAAGCAGCUCGGAAUCCUCCUCAUCCUCCCUGUCCUUCUCUGAGGAAGGGGCUGUGGGGUACAGCACCGAUUCGGAAGCUGUGGAUUCUGAGGAGGCUGAGGGGGAGGGUGCAGUGGGAGGAUACCAGCCAGAGUUCAGCAAGUUCUGCCGGAUGAGUUACCAGAAUCCCAGCUAUUUCCAUUCCCUGCCUUUCUUGGAUCAAAUCAAUCACAACCACACUUACAACCUGCCACUUGGGGCCUCUGUCUCCGGCCAACAGUCUCAUCCCACUCCAGGAAAGAAAGCGGGAUUUAAGGAAACCCAUUCGAACCGCAUCGAUCUACACCUGGGCCGUGACGAGCGCAGGGCCAGGGCGCUGAAGAUCCCGUUCUCCAAUGACAAGAUCAUCAACUUGCCUGUCGAUGAGUUUAACGAGCUUCUGUCCAAGUACCACCUCACGGAGGCUCAGCUCACCCUGAUCCGUGACAUCCGGCGCCGGGGGAAGAACAAGCUGGCGGCUCAGAACUGUCGCAAGCGGAAGCUGGACACCAUCCUGAACCUGGACCACGACGUGGACCACCUGAAGAAGCAGAAGGCCAGGCUGCUGAAGGAGAAAGUGGAGUUUGUCAAGUCACUGCGGCAGAUGAAGCAGAAAUUGCAGGAGCUUUACCAGGAGGUGUUCGACCGCUUGCGGGAUGAGGAGGGGCGACCCUAUUGUCCGAGCCAGUACUCCCUGCAGUAUGCAAAUGACGGCAGCAUGCUGGUCAUGCCUCGGGCCCUGAUCACUCAGCAAGGGAAACCAGACAAAAAGAAGAGCAGCAAGAAGAAAUGAAACGUGCAGCCAGCUCCAGAGUCCGGCUUCGGACUGAACCAGGAAAAGCUCAUUGAAAAGCAGCAUCGCUGGCUUUUAAAAACAAAAUAGACAACUGACAAUUUGCACCUUUCUUGUUUUGAAAAUAUCUUGCAAAUCUGACAGCUGCAGGUCAGUUAAGAUGGAAAAAUAUCCCAGGAAGGGUUGGUGACAAGAGCUUUAUAUAUUGAGUUGAUAGUUUGCAUUUGACUACAGCUAGAGAAUCAACAAGUGUCCACAUGCCUGUUGUGUCCCUAGAGUGAAGUGUGUGUGUGUGUGUGUGGAGGGGCGUGGUGAUUUGGAGGGUGGGAGAUUGUGGUCACAGCUGACGGGGACUCUGUCUCUGGUCCAGACUCCCUUAAUUACUCAAUAAUAAUAUUGAAUCCAAAUGAUGAAAGAUGGAAACAACUCUCUGCUCUGCACACUUCACACACACAAACCAGAAGCUGUGCACAGCCCUGCCUGAAUAUUUCCCCUUUUAAAGAAUUAAGGAGGGCAUUUAUUCAUAGAGGCACAACUACCAAAUAAAAUGGCUGUAUACAUUUGAGAGUUGGGCGAGAGUUGCUGAUGGAGACAGCUCGGGAGGUUGGCAAGGUACAGUUGUAUUAUAAAUCUACUGUAAGGCACGACUGCCUGAGCUGUGUGAUCCUCUGUGGCCCUCCUGACCCUGGUCCGUGGGGAAUAAAGGUGGAAAAUUCUGGAGAUCUUCAGCAGGUCAGGAGUAUCUGUGGAGAGAGAAAUGGUUAAUGUUUCAGGUCGGUCAUCUUUGAUCAGACAUCUACACGGAUUCCUGUUAGCCUGGUGUUGGUGGGAAGUCCCCUUUACGGUAUGAAAGAGAAAGUCAACUGAAUGCCCUUGUUGCGAUGAUUCUAUUUAUUUAGCACAGCAGUCAAAUCCUGCAAUUUAAUUUUAUCUCUAGUAUACGGUCUGUUUAAUGACCUGGGGUGGAGGGUUACCCAAACGUUCCUCGCUCUUUCCUUACCUCACACUCAACACCACCCUGGAUGUGAGCAGAAAGCUCUGGCAUCUGUUGGCAUCUAAACUGAUGUGGAUCCCAGAUGAAUCUUGGAAAAUUUGUAACACACAAGGCCAUUUGACUCAUUGUGUGUGUGCUGGUUGAGAAAGAGCUCUUCAGUCUAACUCUGCCUUUCAGCACUGGGUUCUCAGCCCUGCAGGUCACGGCUCUUCAUGUCCACAUCCAUGUACUGUUUAAAUGUGGGGAGGGUUUCUGCACCAUCACCCUUGGCCAGUGAGUUCCACACCCCACUACUUCCUGAAAAUAUUUCCCCCUCCUCUAAUCCUUUACCAAUUACUUUGUAUCUUUGCUGCCUGUACUCUGACUGUGAAGGGAAAUGGGCCUUUCUAUUUCCUCCAAUUGUUUUGUUCACCUCUAAGUCUCCCCUCAGCCUCUGUCCCAGAGAGAACAACCCCAGCCUGCACAAUCUUCCUUCAUUGCUAUGAUCUUUCAGUGCUGGCAGCAAGCAUCCUUGUAAAUCUCCUCUGCGCCCUGUCCGAUACAGUCUCAUCUUCCCCUCCAGCUGUGACCUCUUCCCCUCCACCCUCCAGGUGUUUACCUAAUUUUUCCAAACAUUGAGAUAAAUGACCUCUGGGAUUUAACACCCAAAGUUCUGUGUGCUUUCAAAUGCACGAUGGUGGAGGUUAUGUAACUAAUUUAUCAAAGAACUUGACAGCAAAACUCUAUGUGGACACAGUUGUCAUGUAGGAGGAGUCCCAAAGAAGGGAGGCAGUGCUCCUUCUCUCCCUCUGUUCCACCUGCCUGGUUUCUCAGUGGACAAGUGAUGUUGUGUCAUGUCACAAGAUUCCAGUUCUUGAGUUAACCAUGUCCUUUUGCUUUAAGAUUCUAGGCUCCGGGGCACAGCAGAUUAUCCAAUCGCAGGUCUUGGCUUCUGCUGUAAUCUGGAGGUCACCUUGUGCAGAUGUGCAAGUGGAGACUGCUGCCUGGGUUCCCUGUCCCACCUGAGAUUUAAAACAAGGGUUUGCAAGUUUCUGGUAUCUUUUGGGAUAUUGGAUUCAGAGUUGGGGAAGGAUAACUAGCUGAGCUCUUGUGAAGUAAUUGAAUAAUUCACUUCAAUGUUUGGUACAGAUUCUGCAAAGAAAUAACGAUAGCAACGAAUGCUUGGGUGGUUCUGAUUUUUUUUGUCCAAAGGCUAAUGCUGUCUAAUUAGUAACCCCAUUUGUAAUGAACAACAGUUUGAAUAGAAGAUGAAAUGGGUUGAUGUCUGAUGGAAGAGGCACUUUAUGAAAGGGAACUGGAUGUACAGCUUCCAAGCUUGUCAGAAAACCAUGAAAGCCAAAUGCUGUUCAAUCAGUGGUUAUCACUCAAAGGAAAUAGUUGUGGGAAAGAACUGCUGCUUUGCAAGUGAAACCCUUGGUGUGAGAUAUUGAACUGAAAUUAGCUCAGGGCUGUAAGGUGGUGAUUCAGAGUACAGAAAGUGCAAGCUGUGCUUCAGUAUCUGAAAUAUCCCCUGUUGGUAAUCCCCACAGUUGUAGUUCUAUUUUCUUGAUUGGGAAUGAGUUGGUGCAGAGAUUUAUUUAUAGUUAAAGGAUGCUGUGAUAUGUCUGCUAUGUGUACAAAUGAGGAUCUGGCUGUGUGUAUGGGUGUGACGGUGAGUUCUCUGGGUCCCUCAGCACAGCUGGCUACUGAAACCACCCCACCCAACUCCCAACAAGCACCACAUUCAGCGAUCUUCCUGAUUUGGUGGAUGGUGUUGAGAUUUGUUAAGAAUUAGCUUCUGGCUACAGCUGGUGUUACUCAGGUAAAGAGAAACCUAUAACCUUUAGGUUGGCUGUCGCUCCUUGUGCAUUGGCUGCUGAUGCACUCACGAUCCCAUCCAGUAUUGACUGCAAAGCAUUAUAUAGUCUUACUGGCCUUGUCACUCCUGCAUGGCAUGUUUGGUUGUGAUGAAACAGCCAUUGUAGUCACUCUGACAACUUUGCUCUCUGGUGUAUGAGGUUCAGGAUGUCCAGAUUCAGUUCCUUCUCCCACUUGACAGAACUCCGAGCGAAGGAGCAAGAAAGGAGAUAUGUUCCUGACACUCCAAAGUGUUGCCGUCCUCUUCCUGAUUCUCCACUUUCCAGAUUCUAGUGAAUCUCUCAAAAUGAAGCCUAGUCUUGGGUCCGAGGGUGCUGCAGUUUCCCAUUCCCUUACCUUUACUCUAAGUGCGUAGUUUUAUUUUUGCAAGAUGCCUAACUCUCCCUUAAUUUGUAUGCAUAAAGAAAAGUCAAUAGAUUUGAAAUUCAUAACUAACAUUGUCAACUUAUCUACAUGGAGACAUCUUGUUUGUGUGAAUUCACUUUUAAUUGUACAGUUUAUUUCUUUCUGUGUGUGGGUUACAGUACACGAGUCACAAAGUCCUUCGGCCUCUGCUUUUGCGAUCUGAUCUUUGAGCUCAGAAUGUGAUUUUAAAGUAUAAUUCUGGGUGGGAAGACACUGCUUCCAAGUCUCCCUCAGUGCUACAGUGGGUGAACCAUGAUGUAAAUACUGUGCCAGGUUAAAGAAGUGGUUGCACUUACAGUUGACUGCAGGGACAUUUUUAAUCUGACUCCUUGUUUUCAAUUUUAAGCGCCACCCCCCCCCCCCCCACCCCCCCACCAAGGCAGUUUUACAAUCCACAGUCCUUAAUUACCUUUGUGUGCUCAUCUACAGAGGAUGUUGGGGGAAGGGCUCAGGUAACAAAGUUGGUCCUGUCUUCUGUUGUCCAGCUUCAGUCCCAGACUGGAGGUCCAUUUGCUCAUUGUGCUGUUAUUGAGCUGUUGUGAAACAGCGAAGCAUACGGCAUAAGUUGAUUUUUGUUGGUGGCAGUUUAUGGGAUUCAAUGCUGUAAAUUCUGUAUAAUCAACCUCAUCAUCUUCCUGUCAAUGCAUCCUUCAUCAUACUUCUCCAGCUUCCCCUUCAGGCACCUUUGCUAAUUCUCAAGUUGAGAAAAUCAUUAACUCUAAUCAAACUGGGGAAGGUUAGGAGUUCUGUGUCUGAUAUUCGCUCUUUGGCUUGGCCACCUGCCUUCACCAAUUACAGGGCAUCAAACUUUACAUGGAGUUAAAUGCUCCUCGCUAUCCAGUCAGCUAGACAAACGCUGGAGGCUUUCCACACAGGAAGAGGCUGCAUGAAGGUGAAAAUAGCAAGAGAGAGCAGGUUCAGACCCUGGGGAGAUGUGGAUAAUUGUGAGCUGCCACCGGUGAUGUUCCUGAACCUGGAUAAAUCUGUUUACCACUGCAAUGAAAACAGCUUUUGAUCCCUUUAUCCAUGUAUAGUUGUGUAAAAGUGAAACAAAAUUAAGGUAAUAUGUGCAGCAAGUUGGACACUGUAGAGUCCUAACCUGGCAACUGUCACAUCAAGUUUGCUCAUCUGGGCACUAUCCACCUGUACAGUUCAUUUCCUGAGCUGGCAAGUUACAGAUGUGUCCUCAUUCCCAGAUGUUGAUUACCAAGGGGUAGGGGGAGACUUUGUAUAUCCUAAAAUCAUGGUUAAAGCUGACUGGACAGCUGGGGUCCUGGCAUCCUGCUCUGAUGCUGCUCACUGACUUUUGCUCAAAAGGUAUCGCUGGUGAGCCUUGUUCUCCCACCUGUACAUGUGAGAUGUGUUGUCUUUACUUACCACUGUCAGCCUUUGCAGAAUAACCAAUAACCCUCCUGUUGUCUUUUGGUUUAGUACUUAUUUAUGUAAGUUAUGGAUGACGGAGUCUCUCGCUCACUAUUUAAAUGUUAGUUUCCUGUCAGAUUUGUUCACAUUAUGAUGUUGCCUGUAACAAAUGUCUUGAUUUUUUUUCAGGGAAUCUCUUAAUUCUGUUGUAUAUUUUUCAUUUACAUGGAUACUAGCAGCAAACCAGGAUUGUUUUGAGGGGGGAAAUUCAAUAAAUUAGUUAUAUUUUCA